AUGGAUUGCGUGUUGGUAUUUGGACAGGAAGGAGGCUGCACGAACGAGCUGCAAACGAGAAGCAGGAUGACUAUGAAUAGAUAUUCGCCGUGGGAAGUUGCAUCACUUCGCGAGAUUCAAAAAGCUAGUUACACAGCAGGGGAGGGCACAGCCUUAUCUCGUGCAGCCCGACAUGCAUACGCGACUUCCGGCGGUGUGAAGAUUGCCAUGUUAUUGGAGAUGAGAUGUCACAUUCCAGCAUCGCAAGUUCUCUUCCUGAGAGUAAAGGUUUUCGCUGGUAAUAUUUCCGCGUGGGCUGGCCCUAAGAUCCGACUGGACAAAGAUCUCCCCGUCAGCAUCCCUGCAUCUCCUGCUGCUUGGCGCGGCGAUCUGUCUGUGACGUGUCCAUCAGAAGGGUUAGUACGUCACAAAGGACAAUACCCGAAAGAAGACAAGAAGAGCACAAAUAACUGUUUCAUCUUGAAACCUUUCAACGACCAGAAUAUGAUGGAGAUCUGA